UAUGGAAACAAGAAGAAAAAGAGGAGGAAGAGAGGGGAAAGGGAAGAGUAGUGGAGAGGAGGAAGUGGCCUAUAAAUUAGAGCAAUGGGAAAGUAGGACGAAGAAGAAUGGAAAAAAGAGGAAGGAUUUGCCCAAGCCUUGUUGUCAUCAUUAUUAUAAUAAAUUUUCUGUUUUCUCUGCCGUCUCUCAUUUUCCCCUUAUCUCUCUCCAACUUUUCUCUAAUUUUCUCUUCAUCAAUAUUUGUCCAUUUUAG